AUGACUGUAACAUCUCUUAUUUCUAAAUUUGCAACCAAAUCUGGUAAGCCAUUGAAGGUUGGAACAGGUUCUGGUACCAAGUGGCAAUGGGCCAAGAAGGCUAACCCCGAAGUCGAUCUUCACCAAGAACUUGUUGAUCAAUUGGUGUUAGCUAUCAAUACCGGAUUCACUCACAUCGAUCUGGCCGAAGUGUAUACCACCGGACCAGAAGUGGGCGCCGCUUUGAAACAAUCCGGAGUUAAGCGUGAAGACAUGUGGAUUACUUCCAAGUACACACCAGGGUUAGGUACGCAGCAGGAAGCCUUGUCGACUGGUCCAUUGACGUCCCUUGAUAAAUUAUUGAAGGAGUUGAAAACCGAUUACCUCGAUAUGUUCUUGGUUCACUGUCCCUUUAUCGAUCCAAAGUACUCAAAGGGCCAAACGCGUGCCACAGUCUGGGCCGAGAUGAUCGAAGCUAAGAAACUGGGUAAGGUCAGAUACAUUGGAGUUUCCAACUACGCGAUCCCGCAUCUUGAAGAAUGCUUUGAGAUUGCAAAUGGUGACGCUGAAUACUACCCAAGUUUCAACCAAAUUGAGUUCCAUCCAUAUUUGCAAAACCAGACCAACGAUAUUGUCAAGUUCUGUCAAGACCACGAGAUCUUGGUGGAAGCAUUCGGGCCAUUGACUCCACUCUUCAGAAUAAAGGAAGGUGACAAGGAAAUCACAGACCAUCCCUUAACAAAGCUUUUACCAGAAUUAAGUGAAAAGUACGGUAAGACCCAGGCUCAAAUUUUAUUGAGGUACACAUUGCAGAAGGAUAUCUUGCCAAUCACCACCUCGUCCAAGGAAGAAAGAAUCAGAGAGAGUUUAGAGAUAUAUAACUUUAAGUUGGACAAUGAGGACGUAAACAAGAUUGACACUGUGGGGGCUACCUACAAGUUCAGAGGAUUUUUCGAAGGGAUGUAUGACAAAGCCUUGGUAUAG